AUGACGAAGAAUAACUUAGCAACUCAUCUCAAAUGGUUGUUAACCCAAGGGAAACCUCUUAACCCCCCUCUGGCACAAACCGGCCUGCCCGAACGCAACAACCACGCAUUACCACAAUUGAUUCCCCCCGCCGCCGAACUCGCGGCCCUGGAUGAUAUCCUUGAAGACACGGAAAAUGAGACGAAUGGUUCAAUGGCUAGAUUGUUACCCCAAUCGGCGAGCAAGCCUCGAUUGCUAAGCCGACAUGACACGGUCCCCACCAGUACUCUGUCAAGUACGAAGAAACGGGAUUCGCCAAAACAAUCAAACAUAGCUCGAGAGUCCUUCCGAGAACCACCAUUAUCAUCACACAAACCUUCCCGGCAAAAGUCGACUCCAUCGCGAUCAGACAGUUUCCACGCAUCUGGCCAUAAAGAUAUUGAAUCGAUUGAUUUGACAGGGGAGCUUGAUCUGUCCACACUAUCCUCGGAGACUAUCCUGGCGGGUGAGCCGCGCGGGUCAUGUGCACAAGAAAGUACCCCGUGCGGAACUCGUGAGAAACGCGGCAAGAAGCGCAAGAGUGACGAGUAUACGUCUGAUCUUCUUUCCCCAUUGAAACAUGCGACGAAAGUGCGAACGCCCUCGAAAGUGCGAACCCCCUCCAAAGCCGCUCUACCCCCCGCCCGUAGAGACAUUAUAUCGGAACAGCCCACAGUCCCACGUCAGACAACUCAAACAACCCAAACAAAUCCCCCAAGCGCGGCGAAACGACCUGAAUAUCAUUCACCUACUGCCCCACGGAGCCAUCGGAAACGAGUGAUCGCGGAUUCAGAUGAUGACGAUGAUCUCUUUGAUGACUGGGCUGUUAGUGAAGAUCCGGCCGAUAAGAUGAUCCUCGAUGCCGGGGAGAAUUUGUAUCCAAUACUUCCCGAGAUGAGUCCAGCGGCGGACGAGAAAAUGGUCGAGACUAAGCAUUCACGAUUGGAAUGUACGCCCAAAGCACCGUUCCCGACUGCGCAACUAUCGACUCAGCCGAAGAAAAUGGCAGUUGUCAAAGACCCUACCCCGUCGACGCCUUGGUCGAAGCCGUCCAGCUCAUCACAAGAAAAGGAUCCGGAUCUCCUGAAGUUUUUGGCUCUUGGAAGCAAUGCCUUCGGCUAUGCAAUUUCCAAAUUGAGGUCUACUCUGCAGAAGAAUUCUGAGAUUGUUUAUCAACAGGCCAUGGAGGGACAGCCAGUCCCGGAAUUGAUCGCUCAAAACAAGACUCUUGUCGCUCAGAUCGAGGCAAUUGAAUUGCUGCAAAAGCAUCAAAACACGCACAAGGGCAGCGUUUCUCGCAAGCAAGACCUGAAGCAGAACUUGAUACGUGUGAUCUCACAAGGUCUAGAUCCAACAACCAUGCCAGAAGAGCUUGCGCAGAGUCGAGCAGUUGAGGCAGAGUUGGAACAAACCGAAACAAAAAUCUGUCAGCUUCUAUCUCAAGUCAAUAUCCUCGAAUUAGCGCACGAUUGUCCACCUGAACCCUCCUAUAUGAAACCCACGCAGCCCACCUUCGAAGCCCAUGCAGUCGCACAGGAGCCCGCUCUUGUCUCUUCUUCGCGUGCCGACUCAAACACAGAAUUCCGUAGCCAACAGCGUUUGCCUCUCACAAGUCCCAGAAAGACCAAAGACACCCGUCAGCCAGAUAGCUAUGAGGACUGUAUUUCUCGGAAUAUGGGCUCUCCACUGUUGGAUUCGAUGGAUAUUGAUGAGUUCGACUGGAAUGUCAGCGACGAUGACAUAUUAGAAGCGGCAGUGGGCUUCGAUGGUGCUCAACAGAUACCUGUUCGCGAGCAAGCCAGUCAAAGCCGCAAGGUUUUUGCGGAGACCUCUGGCAACGUCCCCAAGGUGCCCGUCCCGAAGAAGUCGCCCGGUCAUAGCGCCUUCUGGUCAAACCAUCCAUGGUCUCAAGAAGUAAGGAAAGUGUUGAAAGACCGAUUCCACCUCCGCGGAUUCCGACCCAAUCAACUUGAAGCCAUUGAUGCGACACUUGCUGGCAAAGAUACAUUCAUUCUUAUGCCUACUGGAGGAGGAAAGUCGCUAUGUUAUCAAUUACCUUCUGUGGUAACUGGCGGACGCACCACUGGAGUGACGAUUGUGAUAUCUCCAUUGCUGAGUCUGAUGGAGGAUCAAGUAUCCCACCUGCGAAAAUUGAACGUCAAGGCCUUUAUGAUUAACGGCGAUACCGACCAACAGGAAAAAUCAUGGAUCAUGAGCCAGCUCUCAAAUGCAGGUGGCGAGGGGUUGGAGGUCCUGUACAUCACUCCUGAGAUGCUUAGUAAAAACCAAGCCUUGAUUAGAGCCCUUGAGAGGCUUCACGGAAGAAACAGAUUAGCGCGCCUCGUCAUCGACGAGGCUCACUGCGUCAGUCAAUGGGGACACGAUUUCCGACCUGACUACAAAGAGCUAGGAGAGGUUCGAGCCAGGUUCCCUGGUGUACCGGUUAUGGCCUUGACGGCCACUGCUACUGAGAAUGUCAAAGUUGAUGUGAUGCACAAUCUCAAAAUCACUGAUUGUGAAGUGUUCCUACAGAGUUUCAACCGUCCUAAUCUCACCUACGAGGUACGGUCGAAAGGAAAGAAUGAUGAGGUUCUAGCCAGUAUGGCGGAAACCAUUACAAGCUCAUACCGGAAUCAGUGCGGGAUUAUCUACUGCCUCUCGCGAAAGACCUGCGAUAAGGUUGCAGAGGAUCUACAGAAAAAGUACCACCUCAAGGCAAACGCUUAUCAUGCGGGUAUGUCAGCAAAAGCAAAAUCGGAGGCUCAGAGGAACUGGCAGAUGGGCCGAGUACAUAUCAUUGUUGCCACCAUUGCAUUCGGAAUGGGAAUUGACAAAGCCGAUGUGCGAUUCGUCAUGCACCACAGUAUCCCAAAGAGUCUCGAGGGGUAUUAUCAAGAAACCGGUCGUGCUGGUCGAGACGGCAAGCGUUCUGGCUGUUAUCUUUACUUCGGCUACAAAGACACAGCAACCUUAAAGCGGAUGAUUGAUGCAGGAGAUGGCAGUGGUCAGCAAAAAGGUCGUCAGAAACAGAUGUUGCGAAAUGUGGUUCAAUUUUGUGAGAACCGCAGCGAUUGCAGACGAGUCCAAGUCCUCGCCUAUUUUGCGGAAUACUUCCGCCGAGAGGACUGCAAUAACACCUGUGAUAACUGCAAGUCCGGUUUAGUGUUUGAGCUUCAUGAUUUUACUGAGCAGGCAUCCUGGGCCAUCAAGAUUGUGCGACAAUUCCAGAACGCACAGGAGAAGGUGACUGUGCUCUACUGCUGCGACAUACUUCGUGGGGAUUGCAAACGGCCUAAAGCCCCAGAGCAUCGCAAGAUGCCGGGGUAUGGAAAGGGAUCUGAUCUCGACCGUGGAGCAGCCGAACGUCUGUUCUACCGGCUGCUAGGUGAAGACGCAUUGGCCGAAGACAACGUGAUCAAUAAAAGUGAUUUCGCUGUUCAGUAUAUCAUCCUCGGGCGUCGUGCAGCAGAAUAUGAGAGUGGCCAGCGGCAAAUGAAACUACAGGUUCGCGCGUCACCGAAUAGUAAGACCAAAGCCAACAGCAAGCCCUCAGCUGCUACGCAAAAGAAAAAGUCCAGGAAUUCAGGUGGCGAUCCUCAGUCAACCAUGGUAUCUUCUCCGGUGCAAGCUGCUCAAAACCGCCGCCUUGACCGUUAUCAAUAUGCCGGUGCUCCAGCCGUACCUUCCUCGCUCGAUGAGGAUAGUGAUGGCUUUGAACCGAUUCGAACCACCGGCAAGUCUCGCCGCGCAAACACACGCGAGAUGGGCCCUCCGAUUACCAGCGAUCAGAAGUUAGAUCGACUUGAUCACAUGCAUCGUGUAGUUGUGGAGGACUUUCAAGAGCACGCCAAAAUCAUGCUUCAGGACCUUGUCGUUAAGAAGGGCCUUCGGUGCCAACCGUUCUCUGACCAGGUGCUACGUGAUAUGGGCAUAUCUUUUCCCACAAAUCUCACUGAGCUUUCUGCGAUCCCCGACAUCGACCAGGAUAAGGUGAAGCGCUACGGCCGGCAGAUACUGGGACUGGUUGACAAUGCGAAGCGGCGGUACCUGGAGAUGACGCAGGAAGCAGAGACCAGCGGCGUUGUUCCGGAUCCCAACCACCAUAAUGUCAUCAACCUCAGCAGCAGCGAUGAGUAUAGUGACGACGAUUUGUUCAUGGAUGAGGCUUCCUUCAAUCUGGACAAUCCAGUCUUGGCCGCACCCAGCAAUGCAGUUGAAAAUAUCACCAGUCGCUACUUCCCUCCGGCAGCAUCUCCGGGAUAUGACUCUGGUGACGACUGGGAAUCUGGCGCGGCGCCUCCUGGCUCCAAGGGUCGCAAGCGCCAGCCUGCCAGUGGCAAACGACCAUCACGACGGAAAUAUGGCUCCGCUGGAAGCUGGAAGGGCAAAGUCGCGCGACCAAAAGUCAAAUCUGGCGAUCGUCCUACAAGCCAGUCAUCUGCGCCGCGAAAGAACUCCAGACCCAAAGCUCCCAAAUCUACGAUUGGAAUGAUGCCUAUUUGA